CAAGCAACGAUUCCUGCCUUAUUCCCUAACCGCCCUCUUCCUCCGUCAUUCAUCGCCUGCGUUUCCCCUCUCUUCUUCCAAAAGAAAAAUCCUUAGUCAUUUCUAUUCCAACUAACUCGUCAAUCUUCGUGUCUCGCCGCGUUUCCUCUAUCUGUUAUCUGAUUUUGAGGGAUCUUUAUAGAUUAUUGGGAGUUCUGGAUCCAAAUCUUUCUACUCGAUCGCUGAGAUUCAGUUCCUGGUCAAAAUAUUUUUGCUUUAUUUUGUUCUGAUGGCAUUAUUGAUUGAUUUUUUCGAAUUCUGCGUCUAGUAAGAGAAUUAAUGGUCACAUAUAGAAGGCUUGUUCGACUAGGAUCGAACUGCAAUGUCGGACUUCGAAUUGAUGCCUCUUCGUCGACUUCAAUUCCUCUUACCAAUGCAUUCCGGCAUCACCGACAGAUUUCUCAGCUCACGAGACCCGAUGAGAAAGCCGAUGCGCCAUCUAUGGUGUUGGCAUUAGAAGCUCAAGGAAUGCCUGUAAAACAGGCUGAAGCAAUCGUCUCAGCUAUCACUGAGGUAUUGAACCAAAAAUUGCAGAACGUCGGACAUUCAUUGGUUACCAAAGAAGAAAUGGAAAAUUUUGUGAAGUUGCGAGAAUCCAAUCUGUCAAAGUUCAAAUCAGAGCUAGAAAGUUCACAGGAGCAUCAUUUUUCUAUGUUGAAAAGUGAAACUGAAAAACUCCAAGACAGCAUCGAGAAGAUGCGCAGUGAUUUGAGGUUUAAAAUUGACAAUGUCACUGCUGGGCAGCGUUUGGAUUUAAAUCUUGAAAGAGGACGUAUAAAAGACGAGCUUGCAAAUCAAAAUGCUGAAACGAACCACCUCACUAAAAAACUUGACCAGGAAAUCCUUGCAUUAAGAGACCAACUUGGAGCUGCAAAAUAUGAUGUGAUGAAGUAUUACGUAGGAGCCCUUGUUUCCAUAUCGGCUGUUGGGUUUGCUGUUGUCCGCAUUUUUAUGUAGGGCAACUACAUUUUUUUCAUGAUUAAUGGUGGCAUUGAACAGAACUUUUAAUGUCAUUCUCAGUCGUUGGCUGCCUGAAAUGCUUCUAGGUACAUGCUAAUGUUCGCGAUUUUUCUAUUGAAUUUUUGCUGGAAUUCUUUCAUGUUUUUAGUUUUUGAGCACUUGGAAGAAAAGGCAGAACACAUCUGUAUUUUAGAAAUUUUGAAGUAUUGUUGCAAAUAGCCAAUUGAGUUUACUACAUUCAGUCAAUAUACUAGCAGUGCAGUGAAGCAAGCAUAUCAUGAAGUUUCUGGCUUUCUGCCAUUGCAGGGGAAAAAGAGGUAGAUCUAUUUUUCAUUAUGGUAAAUAUUUUUUGAAGUUUGUGUUUUAUUUUAUUUUUUAUGGACAUCAAGGAAACAUGCAAAUAGGGAGCUAUUUAUUUGCAGAAUCCUGAAGUCCUAGAGCAAUUGGAUGAUGAACAAUCCUCUCCGCUAAGAAGGAAGGGGGCUACAGUCAUCCUUAUAUUUUACUUGUAUCCGAAUCCUGCGAAAGACGAUGUCAUAAUUAAACUUUUAUACUUUUCAGGAAGUUAUAUUUUCUUCAUGUUUUUAUUCUUAAUAGUACAUUUUGUACAUGUUUAUUGACAAGGAAAAGUAAACGAAAGUUACUAAUGUGUGGUGAAUGCAAGUUGUGUAGCUUCUUUCCUUGUCAUUUUCUCAUGCUUCAAUGUGAGUGCUAAUGUGUGUGA